CUCUUAGCAACAACGAACUACACAGAACAGUAUGUCGGACCAUGACCUCAAGACUUCUAUAGCGUGAACUGUGAACACACAAACCAUCAACUCAUCUAAAUAAAAUUCAGACGAUGUGCUCUCCGAAAACCUCAUUUCUCACAAACGCAAGAUUAAGAAUUAAUAAUGCAUCUCAAAACUCCCCUCCUCUGCGCCGCGGCGCUCCUCAGCAGUGCGAUUUCCGCAUCUCCCACUCCUGGCUUCAAUGGCUUAUUCGAAUACGCGGAGCUCGACCAAUAUAACACUACCGAAUGGUACCUAGAUUUCCCCCCUCCUCCUAAGAACUUCAUCACUAACACGCACAACCACAGUACUCUAAACGAAGACGGAAGCGGACGCAUCUACCACGCCAAACCCUACAGCAGACAAUGCAAGAACAUCGACGAAAAAACCACAUCCUUCAGCUACUAUCUCGCGCUCUUCACUCAAGCAUGGGGUGAGUUCCUCCAUAUCAUGUUGGAUGCGGGAGAUAUGUGCUAAUAUUUGUU